AUGGCAAAUCGCAUAUUUGAAUCGGAUAUUGGCCAGGGCGUAGUUUUGAUCACAUCGGGCGGCACUUCGAUUCCGAUUGAUCCGGUACGUUCGCUGGAAAACUUUUCAACGGGAGUUCGAGGAGCGCGGCUAGCAGAAUACUUCUUGAAGGCAAACUGGAAUGUCAUUUUUAUUCAUCGAAGCAGUUCUGCACGGCCGUUUCGCCACAGAUUGGACAUUGAAAUGUCGCCAGAGAAAUUCCUUCUCGUUCAAGACGAAUAUCGAAAGAGCAAGGAUCGAUUGAUAGAAAUUGAAUUUAACACUUUGGAUGAGUAUUUUGGCAUGCUAGAAGAGUAUUCGAAAAUUCUAGAGCUAGAAACUGAGGGAGAUAAGGUCGAGCCCAAGGCAAUGAAGUACUUCGACCAAGGCGUGAAAGGAGUGAUUGGAAAUGUGCUUUCUUCGCGACGAUGGAAAGUCAGUCUGAUCAUGAAAGACAAGCCCACUAUGGACAUGGAAAUCGACCCGCUCAAUUCUAUAAUCGAAAUCGAAGAUCUUCUUACUUCCAGACUUAUUUCUGUCCUUUAA